AGGAUUUUUCGGGAGCCCUGAGCGAGGAACGGAGGGAGAAACCUUCGCUCUCCCGGCCGCCGGCACCUCUCCCCGCCAUGGAGCCGUGGGUGAUGCUGGACCCGCGGCAGAAAGCCCUGUACCGGGACGUGAUGCAGGAGAGCUACGAAACGCUGAUGUCCCUUG